CCUUUUAAUACAUUCAUUGCAUACAAAAGUAUGAAUUUUGCCGUUUCAACUAGCCUAAUUUCUAAUCUGUAGGGUUCUCAGAGAGCCUCGCGACAGCAGUUCGUCCGAGUCACCAUAGGGGCGCUGUGGCGCUGUCCAGGUCCGAGUGAUCCAAGCUGACGACCUGAUAGCCUUCACCAAACAAUUAAGAGAUAUUUCUGUUAGUGUCGUCUCAAGAAAUAUCCUUUAAUUGUAAGGUGAAGGUUAUCAUUCUUCAUCCUAUAUAAAGGAAAAUGUCAGAAAAGUAUGCUGGCAAAUUUCUGCAAGAAACGUGACUUGAGUCGCAUUUUCGUGGUUUCUAUAUGUUGGAGAAUUCGUUCCAUGACCUGCCAGACUCGUUCAAACGACUCACCUUAUUUGUGCAAUGUUUUUUUUUUUUUGUUGUAAAAAUGCGCACACGCCAUUGUAUAGAUUCGACGUUAGUCAGCCAUUCACAAUUCACAGUUCACAAUUCAUUUCAGUCUCAUUCACCCUUGUUUUCCUUCGUUCCGUGGUUCUUUUCUUUUUCAGUGUACUAGCGGGGUCUAUAUAAAGUACCAGGCAAAACAUCCACCGAUAAACGGAGCGCCGGAGGUCGCCUUUUUCUUCUCUCCCACUUCUGGAGUCGCUGUUAGUGCGGCGAACUUCUGUAGAGAAUUUUAAGCGUCCGUAUUACCAACUUUUCUUUAAGCCCUGAUUCAAAAUCAGUGAGGGUUUGUGUCUGUCUUUCAAUAGAUUUUUUUUUUUUUUAGAAUUAAAUAUUUGAGGAAAUUCUUCUUCCUGGUGCUCGGUUGAACUUCACGCGCUCACGGCUGUGCUAGACCUCCCGCCGCCCACUCCGCUGUGGCGACUCUCUCCGGCGCGCGCAGAUUUAAUUUCUCCUUGGUUUUUACCGUACCGUUCCGAUCUUUCGAUUCUUUGGUCACGUGGAUCAGCGAAACGCAAAAAACUGCGAGCUUUCAGAGAGAGAGAGAGAGAGAGAGAGGUUGAGAGAGAGAGAGAGCGAGCGAGAGAGAGAGAGAGAGGGUCUCUCUCUGCGCUGCAGUUAGCUGUAUCCAAACCACAGUGAGAGCUGGAGCGCGCGGACCCGUUGCUUUGCCUCUGACCGUGGUACCCCCGUCGUUUCCCUUGCUCUCCUACCCCUCCUUUUCUGAUUUCCUUCCCUUGAGAGCUUAUUUUUUCCCCGCGAAUAUCCUUUCUCACUUUCAAUUUUAAUAGAGCUCGGAGAAAGAUAGAAGUGACGCAUCCUUGGUCUCCUCCAUAGUGGUCGUUCUCGCGCAAGCUCUUUUUCUCUCUGGAACUGGAUUUUUUGAAACGACGUGGAGGCGUGGAUGAUACACCCGGGCGAGAACUGGAGAUGGAGUUGCUCGUGAUCAGCCUCUCCUUAUGGAUCCUGCAGUGCCGCUCAGCUCGCGCGGACUCCAUUAUUCACAUCGGAGCUAUUUUUGAACAGAACGCCAUACGGGACGACGAGGUGUUUCAGCUUGCCAUUUCAGACCUGAGUUUGAAUGACGACAUCCUCCAGAGUGAGAGGAUUACCCAUUCCAUCAAACUUAUCGAGCCCAACAACCCCUUCCAGGCAGUACAAGAAGCCUGUGAGCUCAUGAAUCAGGGGAUACUGGCAUUGGUGUCAUCAACGGGAUGUGCUGCAGCCAACGCGCUACAAUCUCUCACGGAUGCCAUGCACAUUCCUCACCUGUUCAUUCAGAGGAACGGAGACGGCACACCCCGCGCUGAGUGCCAGCUCAAUCCCAGCCCCGACGGAGAGCGCUACACCCUGGCCGCACGCCCUCCUGUGCGUCUAAAUGAUGUCAUGAUCACGCUCGUCUCUGAACUGCGCUGGCACAAGUUCAUUGUUUUCUAUGACAGCGAGUAUGAUGUGCGGGGUAUGCGUGGAUUUCUGGACCAGGCCUCUCGAAUGGGUUUAGAUGUGUCUCUACAGCAAGUUGACCGAAAUGUGACAAAGGUCUUUUCUACCCUGUUCAGCACAAUGAGGAUGGAGGAGCUGAACCGUUACCGGGACACGCUCAGACGGGCCAUCCUGCUGCUCAGUCCUCGCACUGCCCAGGUCUUCAUACACCAGGCAGUGGAAACGAAUCUAGCAUCCAAAGAUAGUCACUGGGUGUACGCCAAUGAGGAAGUUAGUGACACAGAGAUCAUGGAGCUUGUCCACAGCGCUCUGGGCCGGAUGACAGUGAUCCGGCAGAUCUUCCCCCUGUGGAGGGACACCAACAUCCGCUGCAUGAGGAACAAUCAUCGUAUCUCCUCGCUGCUUUGCGACCCACAGGAAGGAUACCUGCAGUCUCUGGAGGUGUCUAGUUUGUACCUGUACGACAGUGUGCUGAUGCUGGCCAAUGCCUUCUACCGGAAGUUAGAGGACAGGAAGUGGCACAGCAUGGCUAGUCUGAACUGCAUGAGGAAGUCAACCAAGCCCUGGAACGGAGGCUGGUCCAUGCUGGACACCAUCCAAAAGGGACGGAUUUCUGGGCUCACUGGUUUAAUGGACUUCCGAAGCAAUGGAGCGAACUCUCAUGUCCAGUUUGAGGUCCUGGGGACCAGUUACAGUGAGACGUUUGGAAAAGAUGUAAAGCGGCUGGCGACAUGGGACUCUGAUCGUGGGCUAAACGGCAGUCUGAGGGAGAACCGGGCCGAGCAUGGCAUGCAGGGAGUUACUCUGAAAGUGGUGACCUUACUGGAGGAGCCCUUCGUAAUGGUGGCAGAAAACAUUCUAGGUCAGCCCAAAAGAUAUAAGGGGUUUUCCAUUGAUGUUCUGGAUGCCCUGGCCAAAAUUCUGGGCUUUAAGUAUGAAAUGUAUCAGGUGGCUGAUGGGAAAUAUGGAACUCCUCAGGCCAAUGGGUCUUGGAACGGAAUGAUUGGAGAGCUAAUUGGAAAGAGGGCAGAUGUGGCUAUUUCAGCCAUCACCAUUACUCCGGAACGAGAGAACGUGGUGGACUUCAGUAAACGCUAUCUGGAUUAUUCUGUGGGAAUCCUGAUGACUAAAACAGAAGAGAGACUCAACAUCUUCUCCUUGCUGGCACCGUUUGACCUGGCGGUGUGGGCCUGCAUUGCUGCUGCCAUUCCUGUGGUGGGUGUCAUGGUCUUUCUGCUCCGACGCGUCCAGUCUGUCCGCUCCCAGAAUCCUCCUGGGCCCCACCAGCCUGCUUCUGUCACGACUUCCUUCCAAAGUGCCAUCUGGAUCGUCUACGGAGCCUUUGUACAGCAAGGUGGUGAAUCCUUCAUGAGUUCAAUGGCUCUCAGGAUUGCAAUGGGAAGCUGGUGGCUAUUCACCCUUAUUGUCUGUUCAUCCUACACAGCCAACCUGGCAGCCUACCUCACCGUGUCCCGCAUGGACAACGCUAUUCGAACAUUUCAAGACCUUUCCAAGCAGACAGAGAUGAGCUUCGGAACGGUGAGAGAGUCUGCUGUGUUCGAGUAUUUCAGGGUGAAGGGCACAAACCCCCUGGAGCAAGACAGCACUUUUGCAGAGUUGUGGAGAACUAUCAAUAAAAAUCAGGGACAGGACAACUCUGUGACCUCUCCUGCUGAAGGCAUCCGCAAGGUGAAGCGGGAUCCGUAUGCCUUCCUGUGGGACAUGGCGGUGUUAGAGUAUGCAGCUCUGACAGAUGAUGAUUGUACGCUGGUGGUCACAGGAAACAGCAUGAGCAGCAAAGGAUAUGGCCUGGCUCUGCAGCACGGCAGCCCCUACAGAGAUCUCUUCUCGCAGAAGAUCCUUGACCUGCAAGAGAAAGGAGACCUUGACAUUCUAAAGCAGAAAUGGUGGCCUCGGAAAGGUCGCUGCGACCUGGACAAGCAUGUGGAGCCUCAGCCUGAGGGUCGUGCCCUGAGACUGCACAGCUUCGCUGGGGUCUUCUGCAUCCUAGCGGCGGGGCUGCUGCUGGCUUGCCUGGUAGCCGCUCUGGAGUCUUGGUGGAACGGGCCACGCUGCCAACGGGCACAGCCCAAAGAGGACAAAGAGAUGGAUCUGGAGCAGGUUCACCAGCGUUUGAGUGGGCUGAUGGAGGACGAUCUGGCGCACAAGCAGCUGCCAGGUCAAUCUCUGGAGAUCUCUGCCCUGGACAUGGGCAGCAUGCGGCCACAGCAGAGCUCCCAGGAACCCAUGAGAGAUUUCCCCCCUGGGGCCCUGUCCGUGACUUCAUUCCUCCAGGAGGGUCCUGGGGUCGGCCGCGUGCCCGGACGGACUCCCCCUCCUCUCAGCAGUUCCACUCUGCCGCCAUCCAUGCGCUGCAAACACCGGGCGCCCAACGGAGGCCUUUUCCGCCAGAGCCCCAUAAAGACACCUAUGCCCAUCUCUUACCAGGCAGUGCCCGGGGGACCCAUCCCAGAAGCCAUUGAUCCAAGCCAUGGGACCUCUAUUUGAGCCAACCGGUCAGAGCGUUCAAAAGACUGCCAACCAGCCAAUCACAAAAACCGAGUUUGGACCAGGUCUGGUUGCAUUUAUACAAUUACAUACAUACAAACAGAUAUGAAGAUCUCUUUUUUUCAGUACAGAUACAUAUGACUGUGAGACGCUGAAUUUCCUUGCCUGUACAUAUUUGUAUAUAAUGAGAGACCGCAGUGAAGUCAAAGUGUAUUUUGAAUAUUCAUGAUUUUUUUGAAGUUGAGUUUAAAAGAAGUAAUUACAUAAAAUACAGACUGUUUGAAUGGCUUUGUAAAUUUUGUUCUAAAAUAAAAAUGAGAAUUCCUUGUGGAUGUUUUCUAAGUGCCAC